AUGGCCGUAGUCGGGGGAGGGCGCCACUGCUCGGCGGGGGCUUGGGGCGGUCAGGGGCCGCGCGCAGGCGGUGCGCGCCGAGGAGGGACGCGGCGCCCCGCACUCAGCCGUGCCCUAGCAGCGGGAACAGUACUGCAGCGGGCGAUCGGUGCUCUGGAGUAUUGUUCCUGCUGCCCGGGCAAGGCUGGGACUCCCGCACGGGCCCAGCCUCCAGGUCUCGCUUUUCCUGUGAAAACCGCUUUAGAUUUUUUUGACCUGGCACAUCGGCAGGUAAAGGACUAUUGGCAAAGACAAAGGGAGGUGUGGACUCUUUUCCACGCUUUGUGGCAUCUUAAAAGAAACGAAACACAAAAAGCCCCUCUUGUCUGUACGGGCUGCCUUGGCCUGGUCUUCCCGGGGGCCGGGAAGACUCCCAAAGAGUCCCACUUUUUGGAUGCCCAGGGUUCCAGGUACCCAGAGCUGGGAGUCAGGCUCCAGCCGCCUGCUCUCCCAGACUCCCUUGCGCCCGGGCCGGCGCGGGCAGUGGGGGGCUCUUCCGGCCGCCGGGGACCCUCUGGGUCCCAGGGGCGCCGCGCCCCGGCGGCCUUCGCCGGCCUGGCUUCCCCUGCCGCCGCGCCCCCGCCCCAGCAGCGACCUCCAGGCCUGGUAGCCCCGGAGUCGGGCCCGCCCCGCUCGGCCGGCCCAGGGCCCCUCGGGCCCGCAAUGCCGAGGCCUGAACGGCGAACAGGUUCCCGAAGCCGCCUUUCUUUGCCCUUGGGGUUCGGGGAGGCACCGAGACUGCCCUCCUGCCGCUCACCAGCUUCCCUUCUCCCUUUCUCCCCGCUCUGUAUGGGUCCCCCUCAAGCCAGGAGGCCCGAUGGCACCCGGCGCCCAGCCCUCCAGGAGGACCAUGCCCGCGUCAUCCGGCUCCGUCCAGUGGGCGCCUGCAGGACCCAGGAAUAUUUUUUGAAGGCCUCCAGCAUCUCCAGUUAGCAGUACUGACUUUUUUUCCAACAAAGGAACACUACAUCAACACUCUUGGCCGGGAUCUGAACACAGAAGACUCCUGUUUCAAGAAAAUACAAUCAUCUCUCAAAGUGUGUAACUUAUAUGCAUUUUUAACUCACUAGGUAUUGAAAACCACCCAAGUGUCCCACAACAUGGGGUAAAAUAUAAUCAAUCACUCAAUGUAAUGUUAUACAUCCUUUAAAAAUGUUAUUGGAAAAUGUUUUAUGAUCUGUAAGUUGAAAUAACCCUCUCCCACCAUUUCUUUCGCCCUGCUGCUCCCCCAUACCCAUGCUUCUUUGUUCCAAUUGGCAUGUAAACUUGUUUUUCCCGCCAAAUGAGUCAGUCAUGAUGGGAACGUCAAUUGAUUUGAACAGAUGUGUGUCAAUGUUACUUGGAAAACUAGAUGCCAAUAACCAGGGCCACAAAGAAAGGCAGUGGUUGCAACUCUGUAAAAAUGUAUGCAUGCAUACAGACAAGGAGUAAAGUGGAACCCCAAACAGGAAGAGAGUUGGAUACACUCCAGUGCUGGGAGAUUGAACGAUUGUAUGCUGCUUUUGAUUUCCGUUAAUACAGGCAACUGUCCAAUUAAAAAGACCUAAUAAGGACUCUGCAGUGCAAAUUAUUUUGCUGAUUGUUUUAAAACACCAUAUCUAUCAAAUCAUCAAGGCAGAUGGGGCAGCAGGGGACUGGGUUUGUUCCCCCAAUCUUGGACUAGAGAUCUCAGGGCAACACUGGGAGAAAAAGUGAUCCUACACAGGUGGGAGUUAACUUCUAGGCAGGGUUCCUGAGAGACGGUACAAGAGGAAAAUAAAAAUAGGUUCAAAAAGCAUUUUUUGGAAGAUCAAUGAAUUUUUUGAUAGGAAUUGAUAGGAAUUAAAGACUUGAGUUGGGGCUAUAUCCAUGGUGGCACAAAUUUUUAGAGACCUAUUUUCCCAUCAGCCUUCACUGUAACUUAUCCUCAUGACCCUAGAACGUUAUAUAUGCAUUCAUAUUUAGAAUGACUACUCUUAAACGAAAAACAUAUAUAUACACCAAUUAUAGCAAAUGUGUAUCUCCCUGCCACCCUACACCCUACUCCUCCCCACCCUUUCAUAAUAUUUCACCUAUCUGCUGCCUUUGCCUCCCUCCCCCGAUCCGCAAUUGAUCUCUUUGGCAAGUUCAAAAAGGCUUCGACCCCUGCGGGGAUAGUAAAUUGAGCCAUUAGGGAAGA